CUUACACUUCCAUCUCCUCUUUAAAUUAUUCUCUUCUGAACACGAAACGAAACCCUAGUUCCCUAUCUGAUUUUAGGGUUUAAGACCAAUCAUGAAUCCUCUCUGACUUGCCCAAAUCUUAAUCCCUUUUUAUCUGAUUCUCCAAUCGGUUCUCGUCUGCUGUCUUUGGGCUUUCAUUUUCGACAUUUCUGAUUUUUUCGAUCCGACGGUGGUUCUGGUCGGAGAUGGUGAGCGGUUCCAGAACCGGGGGUAGUUCAGCGACUGGAAUUGACGAGGGAGUGAGAAAGACGAUUAAGUCGAUACAGGAAGUUUUGGGUAAUCACUCCGACGCCGAUAUAUACGCCGCCUUGAAAGAGGCUAACAUGGACGCUGACGAGACUGCUCAGAGGCUGCUUCUGCAAGAUACAUUCCAUGAGGUGAAGAGAAGAAGGGACAGGAAGAAAGAGGAUGCGGUAUUUGAUGGUCCCGCCAGUAGGGAAAAACCUUCUGAUGAUGCUGACAGUGAAGUGAAAUUUCGAACUCAGCCUGAACGUAAUGUUCGUAGAGGAGGCUAUAGUCGUGGUUCUUUUUCACGUGGCACUGCUCCUCGGCAUGCAUUUUCUCGGAAUUCUACUGCUGGAACAAACAGAGAGUUUCGUGUUGUUAGAGACAACAGGUCUAAUCUGAACGUAGAUGGAGAAUUGAAGCAUUCUUCUACCUGGUCUCCUGUAUCAAACAUUGACAAAAUGCCCACCAAUGUGAAUGAAAAAGGCUCAGCAGGUGGCUCAGGCAAUCAGCAGCCUUCUGGAGAUCGAGAUUCAGUUCAUAUUUCUGAUAUAUCUGUGAACACACAAUCUAGGCAGCCUGAUGGUGAUGCUUCAUUGCCUGGUGCUAGCAAGAAAGAACACUCUAAGGAAAAGCAAACAGCGCAAGAUGCAACUUUGCCAUCAAGCAAUUCUGUUGUUGGGGUAUAUUCAUCUUCCACAGAUCCAGUUCAUGUGCCAUCUCCUGAUUCUAGAUCAUCACCUAUUGGAGCUAUAAGACGUGAAGUCAGGGGUGGAAGUUUUGCUGGAAAAUCUUCAGAAAGUGUUGUCAAAGAUUCGUCAACACCUGCUGGAUCUUUUCCACGUGCACCUCUGAGAAAAGAUGGGGCUCCACAAGCAUACCGGCCGUUUUCCCCAAUUUCAAAGUUUGAUAAACUCAACCAAACUACUGGACGAGAGUCUGUCUUGCCGAGUGGUGCUGCUGGUAAUAGAUCUCUCGUGAACAGUCACCAUGGCAAUAGAGGCAGUCAAUAUGUUAGAACACAGCAGCAAGCUGGUGGUCAUCAAAGAGCAGUCUCACAGAACAAGGAGUGGAAGCCUAAAUUAAACCAAAAAUCUUGUGGGAAUAAUCCUGGAGUAAUUGGAACACCUAAAAAGGCAUCUGCUGCUCCCGCUGAUAGUUCUAUCAACCUGGAAUCAGAAGCGGUUAAGUUGCAAGAUAAGCUUUCACAUGUUAAUAUCAGCGAAAGUCAGAAUGUCAUCAUUGCAGAACAUAUCCGUGUCCCAGAGACUGAUCGGUGUCAGCUAACUUUUGGUAGCUUUGUGCUGGAGAUUGAUUCUUCCAGGAUCUCAGCAUCUGGAUUCCAGGAAGCAUGCUUGCCAGAAGAACAUGAAUGUGAAUCUGCUCGUAGUUUGCAGCUUGCUCCUCCUGAGGCUUCAAAUGAUGGUGCUCCGUGCACCAUGCCUGUUGCUAUUCUUGAUGAACAAGUUAUAAAUUCUGGAUCUGGUUCUGGCUCGCCAUUCUCAACAGCAUCAGAGCAACAAUUUCCUGAACAAAAAGAGGAUUCUAGAACCUCUCAGAACUUGGAUGAGUAUGCAGGGAUCGAAUUGCUCCAUGGAAACAGUCCAACUUUAGAGUCAAAACAGCAGCAAGAUACUCAUACACUGCAAAAUUUUUCAGCAUAUGAUCCCCAGGCUGGUUAUGAUUUGCCGUAUUUCAGACCUUCAAUGGAUGAAAACAUUCGGGGUCAAGGAUUUCCAUCUCCGCAGGAGGUACUUAAUGCACAAAACACCAUCCCUACUUCCACAAUUCCAAUGUUACAGCAGCAACAAGCUCAGAUGGCACAGCUUUACCCACAGGUUCAUGUUUCUCAUUUUCCAAACCUUAUGCCGUACCGUCAGUUCCUCCCCCCGGUUUAUGUCCCCCAAAUGCCCAUGCAAGGAUACUCUGGUAACCCAGCAGCAUAUGUGCACCCCUCGAGUGGCAACAGUUACGUUCUGAUGCCUGGAGGCAGUUCUCAUCUUGGUGGAAAUGGCAUAAAGUAUGGGAUCCAGCAAUUUAAACCGGUCCCAACCGGUGGUCCCAUGGGUUUUGGGAGUUUCAACAAUCCUAAUGGAUAUCCGAUUAAUUCACCCAGCAUAGUUGGUAACGCUGUUGGGCUUGAAGAUUCGUCACGUAUGAAGUACAAAGACGGAAGUAUUUACGUUCCAAAUCCUCAACAGGCUGAGAGUUCUGAAAUCUGGUUGCAAAACCCAAGAGAUCUGACUGGUCUACAAUCUCCACCGUAUUACAAUGUUGCCGGGCAAACACCUCACGGUGCAUAUUUAUCAAACCAUACAGCACAUCCAUCUUUCGAUGCUGCUGCUGCUGCGGCUCAAUCAUCUCAUAUGCAAUUCCAGGGCCUUUUCCACCCGACUCAGCCCGGUGCAAUGGCGAGUCCACACCAUAUGGGGCCUGGACUGGGUGGUAAUGUUGGAGUUGGGGUCACCCCCUCUCCUCCUGUGGCUCAAGCGGGAACUUACCAGCAACCUCAACUCGGUCAUAUGAACUGGCCAACAAAUUAUUAACAAAUCUAACUUGUUUUUACAUGUCUAAUGGAGAUCAUAAUAGCCAAAGAAAGUAUUUUACUCUCCUUGUCAACUGCCAAACUCUGUUUAUCUUCUUUAUUGAAUGCAUAAAUCUGUUUUUAAUCACU